CUGCUGUUCGCCUGCUGCUGGCGCUGCAAGUCCUGGCUCUCGCCGUCCUUCUGCCCCGGCUCUCGCUGCCGUCUCUCUCCUCGCUCCCUGCUCUCGCCCCUGUUGCUGUCCUCCCGUCGCAGUCUUUCCUGUCCUGCAUUCUCUUUCUUCUCCACAAAUGCAUCCCAAGCAGCCUCCUCCCAAGAAGAAGCACGACCUUCACUUCAUCAGCUAUCAUCAGGUGCAAGCCCCAAUGCCCAAGGACGACGACCAUGCCACCUCGCUGCUCUCGGCCGCCCAGCUAGGCCCCAAAUCGUCGCCCCCCAUCCCGGCUUCGGCAUCCUUUUCCUUCAAGCUGCCGCCGACUCCCCCAACUCCCCAGCUUGACUCCAUCGCCUCUCCAUCGGCAUCCCUCUCUGCAUCUUCGUCCGUCGCCUCUCUGGACUCGUUUCGCUCGCGGCCUGCCCCAGAGCAACACUUUAUCCAGUACAAUCCGCAGCCGCUCCUUCCGAAAACAUCCAACCCAGUCCCCGCUUCCCUGUCAUCACAUCAGCGCAUCCGCCGCACCUCGCUGCAGCCGGCGUCUCAAUCCAAGGCUGUCCCAUCACUGCCCUCUGCCUCUGUACAGAUCGAGCCUCUCUCCGUACCUGCUCCUGCUCCCAGCAAACCUUCCGACCUGCACCAGUCUGUCAUGAACUUCACAUCCACCCUCCGACACUCGACGAGCUCAGUCAGCUUGACAUCGAUGCCCUCGCCUGCUCCCUCGACUUCCUCGGUCUCGGCCGCAGCCGUAGCGGCCCUAGCAUCCGGGGCAUCCGGGGCAUCCGUGGCAGCCCCGGUUGAUGUGGCCGAUGAGGCGGCGAUGCACGCUAACAACCUGAUCACCGCGGCAAAGGCAAAGCUGGAUCAGCGGUACAACGUCGUUGACUCGGGACUGCAGCUUCGUGUCAUGGGUUUGCCGCAACAGAAUGCAAAGUCAAGAGUCGAGACCCAGAUCAAGAUUUGUCUCCAGCUCGUCACCGACAAGGGCGAGAAGGCUUCGUCGUGGGCGUUCUUGCGGCUACCCGAAUACCUCGCCUCCAAAGAAAAGCCCCACAAGAAAUUCGACAAAGCACCAUCAGAAAACAAUGUCUUGGAUUUGGAUGCCAUCGUUAUCUGCGCAUCGGACUUUGAUAGACCUGUUACCACCUGCACAACGUGUUUGCAGCGCGAGCUGAAGCGCGCGCAAAAGUGUACAAUCAGCAAUCGCCAAAAGGCAGUGAAGCUCGACAGCGAUUCGACACCCGGACAAAUGGCGAUGAUGCUGGAUGACUCUGAUCCCAUCGCCACCAACAGGGCUUCCAAUGCCCUUCUGUUCAGCUGCUCGCGUAUCCUGGACUUUGCCGGCGGCGACAUCAUCCUCCCAACGCGCAUCACCUGCUACUGCCGGCAUCACCACGAGAAAGUGGGCUUUUGCAUUUACUUCAUGGUCCGCGACAAGAACCAACGGAUCAUCGCCACCAGCAUCUCACCCCCCAUCAUGAUCACCGACGAUCACAAGUCCUCCAAAGUCAAGAACAAAACUCUCAAGCGCACGCGGGAAGCGGAGGAGGAGGCCACAUCCCCCGUCUUGGACCAUGCCAAUCCCAGUCGAGACACUUCGCCCGAAGCCAUCUCGAGCCUCCUCACCAACCUGGUGUUCCCGGUCCCAAAUACCCUGCCGAUGACGCACGGUGCCAUGCCGUCAUUCCAUGAUCCGCUUGUUGCCGAGCAGACCUUCAAGUCUCUGGAGACCUCCGCCGCGCUUGCACGCGACCAGUCGCAUCUGUCACUCAUCUCGGUCGAGAUGUUCCCCCCGUUGCCUGUCUCGGACCCGAUGAAGAUGGACGCAGCGGCCACCCCCGAGAGUUUCAUCUUCAGCCGGACAGCGAGUCCAACGCCCAUCCCUGUCAGCGAUGUGCUUGGAAGCAACUACACCCCGCAGUCGUUGCCUGCGCCGGCCGUUUCUCCUCCGGCUUUGAAAAUGGCGGACGCGAGCCCAGCACCCGUCAAGCAGGAUGGCUUGAUCACGACCAUCUAUACGCCCAUGGCCAACAACCUGUCGAACACCUCGCUGCCCACCUCGUUCAUCACCUUCGAAGAUCCCAACUCGCUCAACCACUUCCAGACCCCCUUGACAACCUUCCCAGCCACCACCACCCCGAUGCAGUUCUUCGACAGUCAGAGCAGCUAUUUCUUCAUGCCGGACGGCCAGCUCAAGCCUCCCGCGACACUGUCGUCUGGCCUUACUGCGAAUGCUGCGGCUCAAGCCAGCCCAGGAGUUCAUCCUGUCACCAUCGAUCAGGCUCAGCUGCUGAUGACGACCCAGGCGCCCGCUGCCUCUACUCUGCAGACUCUCGAUGAUCGUCAAGGGUUGAGUCAAGAUCAAAAGAUUCGCACGCAGCAACUGUCGCCAGAACUACUCCUCUCGCAGCAGCUUCAAGCCAUCCAGCAACUCCAGCUCCUUUCCCAGCUGCAGUCACCAAGUCCCAUCCAAUCCAUCCAGUCCGGCAUCUCAGCACUGGUUUCCCCGCUGGCGCUGGCACAGCCGGUCCAGAGCUUCCCGGAUCUGUCCCAGCAACCUAUCGACCCAACUCAGCAUAUGUUCUCGAUGAUGGCCAGCCCGUCCCAGCCACCCCUCCCCGCACGGAUUCCCAAGACCCUUCCAAAUCCAAUGCGGAAUCUGCCGCCCGAAGCCAUUCCCUCCAUCAACCGCGUCAUCCCCUCCGAGGGCCCCAUCUGCGGCGGGCUCGAGAUCACCGUACUGGGCACUGGUUUCUACAACGGACUGACAGUCAAAUUUGGCGACGUGUGUGCCGAACCGACGCAUUUCUGGAGUUCCAACACCAUGAUCUGCACUCUGCCGCCGUCGCCGAUGCCGGGCGUCGUGCCGGUGACUUUCAAGGACUUUCCGCAGAUGACCCACGGUGUCUUCACCUACAAGGACGAUACCGAAAUGGCGCUGAUGGAGCUCGCCCUCCAGGUGGUCGGCCUGCGCAUGACUGGGCAGCUCGACAACGCUCGCAACAUUGCCAUGCAGAUCGUCAACAGCGCCAGCAGCGCCACCCAGCGGUCCGGAACGGCCUCGGCUUCGUCGCAUGGCGGAUCAACCCGCUCCGCUCUGUCGCUGGCUCGGCUCCGAGGCGUGGUUCGAUCCUUGGUGGCGGAGCGCAUGCACUUUUCGUCGGCAACCAGCUCCAAGACCCGCCUCGAGGUUGCUCUUAUCCAAGCCUUUUCGACCCUCAAUCAAAUCCUGGAUGAGGAUGAGGAAGAAGCCAGGCACGCGUCUGAGGGCGACGGUCCAAGUGAAAUCGGCGAUGAUCACUUUGACGAAGAGUUGCAGGCUCGCUCCCACGAGCGGGCCCUGCGCAACCUUCAUCAGCAAAACAAAACCGGCCAUUCGAUUUUGCACCUCUGCUGCCUUGGCGGCCUCACCACCCUCAGCAAGUGGAUCCUGGCUUCCGUCCGAGAGACCCGCGAACGCGGCAUCCGAUCCCAGAUCCUCGACUGCCAAGACGCCAACGGGUUCACACCUCUGCACUUUGCCACCUUGUGUGGCCGUGUCGAUCUCGUUGAAGAACUGCUGGAAGCCGGUGCUCGUGCCGACAUCUUGAACAACCAGGGCUUUUUUGCGCGCGACCUGGCUGUCAAAAAUGGCCACGACCCCAUCGUGAAGCUCUUUGACGACCGCAUUCCUGUUGUCGACAUCACCGACGGGCCUGGUGUUCAUGAAGCCGAUGCCGUCGACGACGACCAGAUCCAGGCCGAGCUCGAGGCAGCGUUUCCGUCUCUGAUGCGAGACCCAGGCGUCGAGACCGUUCCGCCGCUUGUUGAGCCCGAGGCGGUGCGCAAGCUCGUUGAUGGCCAUGUGCCUGUGGCUACAGCCAUGGGCAUCCGGCGCAUUUACAUGAACCGUCCUGCUGUGGAUCUGCAGAUGUUCCCGAACGCCGGCGUGCGGGCCAGUGCUGCCAUGCCGCGCAGUAACUCGGGCCUUUCGACCCUGCCACCGCCGCCGACGAUGAUGUCCCAGCUGCCCGCCGGCUUUAGCGAGGCCACCGGCGCACCCAACACGGCCGCCAGCUCCAAGCUUGCCCAACGCAGCCAGCGCAACAGCCUGCUUGCGUCGCUGGGAAUGCUGCUCUCGAGCACCGACACCAGUAUGCCCUCGGACACCGCCAAGUCAUCCGGUGACAAGCACGCCUCGUUUACGGACGACGCGACGGUCAAGAACUCAAGCCUGUUCUUCCGCAUGUUCGACCUUGCCAUUGGCAUGCUCAACGACCAGACCUCGCCGCUGAUGGCUGCCCCGCAUCGCGUCGCCAUCAACGUUUUCCAUGCCCUCAACAUCCCAGGAGCCAUCGCUCCUCUGCAGACCAUGACCUCGGCCUUUGGCAAGGGCGAUUCGCGUGAUGAAACCGUCGCCACCAGCCACAAGGCGCCUCCACCAGAAUACCUGGCCUGGGCAUUAUCGCUCUUUGCUCCAUCCGACAAGAGAGCCGAUACAGACCAGAAGCCCACGGCGACCGCGGUGCUCCUGGCUGCGGCCCAGGCAGCAGUGUCGCCCCCGGUGUCUCCGACCGCCAAAACGUCACCCGCUGUUGGGGGCUACACCUCUGUCUUGGACGAGACCGAGUCAGAUUCGGAGACCGAGACAGACCCGGCUCACUCGGCGCAGUCCUCACGGCUGCUAAGCGUCACGGUUACCGACGCCGCACACAUAGCCCAGAAGCGACAGGAGACCCGGAGACGCGAACAGCUGCACCAGGAGCGCAUGCUCUAUCUGUUCUGGAUCCCAAUGUUGCUGAUCAUGAUUUCGUUGGCCCUGAUCCGCUUCAUCCUCCCGCCGGAGUCUGACGAGCUCGAGAAGCUCAUGGGCGAGGCGGAUGGCCUGUUGGGUCAGAUCUUCCGCUACAACUCCGAUAUCAUCCGAAGCUUGAAGCAGUACCUCACCAGCCUACGGGCCAACGGCGGCAUCAUGAACGAUCUGUGGGCAGCGCGUGCGUAAUCGGCGCCACAGAGCUCCCAUGAGCCAAAAGGUAGCCGCUGCUCCCUCAGAUCCUCCCCGGAGUCUCCCUCGAGUCUCCCUCGCCUGGCCCCUGUCGCAGGUCCCGAUGACCGGACCAGCAUUAUAUUUAUCUAUUUAUUCCAUGGCCGUUCUGCAUAUGCCUUCCGACGGCUUUACUUCUCGAUUCCUCGCCAUUUAUGUUGACACGUUGCUUCCUGCGCUAUUCCCUAUUUUUUUUGGAACGAUCGGUCGACGUUAUAGACCGCCCCCCCCUUUUUUUUUCCUCUCUUCCUUGCCCUUCCUCCGCUGCAUCCUGAAUACACACGUGUUCAUUCACAGUAACCCAACUCAUUGUCGAGGAACAAUGGCCAUGGAUGGACGAGAGCGAGGCAUCGCGACUCUGUUCCCAUUCCAACGUUCCAAGUGAUAAUGGGCACCCCCAUUUUGAGCCAGGACAGCUGUUUUUGUCUGGAACUUGAAUACACCCGCUCACCCAUUGC